AUAUUAACUUAAGCAGUUUUCCCGCUAAAGCUUGUUAACAAAAGUUAUGUAGUUAUGUAUGACGCACGACAGAUGCACUAAGUCAAACGAUAAGUAAAUAACUAAUGCGCAACCUUCUAAAUGCGUUUAAUCAUGACCACUGCCUAUCGGUUUCGUCCAGUGUGACCGUCUGUAUCUUCAGCGAACAGCUGUUUAAAGAUUUAUCAUCGCGUCGCUUACAACAAUUAACAAUAUUGAUACCAAUUGAAUCAAAACAAUGGAAUCACCCAUAUCGAAUCCUGUGGCAAAGGAUUUUCAGGUGGCUGGCGUUUCCCGAAGCGGACGCGUACGCAAAAAAUCAUCAAAACUAUUGGACUUCGAGUCGCCCGAGGAAAUUGAGAAGCGAACCAAGCGUCCUGGCAGGCAACCAGCCAGAUAUCCGGGACGAGGCCGACCACCCAAUGCACUGCGCGAACGUGAACAGGAACUGGCACUGGCCUACGAAGAAGAUGAGGAAGAUGAUCUGGAGCCCAAUCACAGUCUCUCCGAUGAAGAGGAAACAUCAGCGCACAUUGGCGGCGCCGCAAUCCUAAUGAAUUCCGACGAUGAGGUGGACACCUUGGUGCAGGAUCUGGUUGAGGGCGUUGAGGCGGAGGCCUCCUACACAAACGAUUCCCGUGUACGGCAGAGUCUCUACAUGCGCGAAAAGUCCAAUAAGCGCAAAAUCCUCAAGGAUAACAAGCUACAGAGAAAGGACAAGGUCAGAGUGCGCUACACGGCCUACAGUCUGUGGGCGCGUGAGGUGCGUAAACGUGAUUUUCCGGAUCUGGAUUUUGCCAAUGCGGCCCGACGCUUCAGCGAACUGUGGGCAAACGUUUCGCACAAGGAGAAGAAUGCUUGGCGGCGCAAGGCCAAGGUGCUGGCGACAAAGGCUCGCGCCCGCGAUAAGAACGCUCCGGCAGAUCUGGCCACUGCAUUGACGCCUCCAAGGACAAUCAAUGCUAAUUCUGCUGCUGCUGCCGCUGCUGCUGCAAAUACGACUGACGCGUGCUUCGUUAAUCGGGCUACGACUAGCCGCACCAAGAAAUUGGCCGCGGAUCGGCGUCAGGUGCCCGAGCAAGAGCUCGGAGCCAACACGGCGACACCGUCCACCUGGGCACAGAGCAGACAGAAACGUAACAGCAACAGUCGCGUUAAGGCGAGCCCCAUAGCCGGCAGCCAGGCGGGCACAUCCGCUCUGCCCGCCGCCAGACAUGGCAAUGGAACGCUAGACAUGGAACUGAGUGGCAAAGCUGUGACCCAACAGUCGAGCAUUGAGGCAAUCGACGCGGCUGCCCACCUAAAGCUGCUCGGCGAGAGUCUGACGGUUAUUGGGGAACGACUUAAGGAGCAUAACGGUCAUGUGGCCCUCUCGGGCAGCCUCUCUGUGCUGCUGGACAGUCUACUGUGCUCGAUGGGACCGUUGCUCUGUAUGACAACGCAAAUACCCGGGCUGGAGAAUAAGAAACAGCUGAGCACAAAUCUGGCAACGACGCUGGACAACAUUGCCUAUGUUAUGCCAGGACUGUAAGCCCAAGGUGACUCGCUUUGCCAGGUGACAAAAAAUCUAUUUUAGCCCCUUACUAAGUUCCAUAUUUGAACAGGAUAUUGUGGGAAAAUUAUGAAUGCGCGGUGUGCAUUUGCUCUACGCGCAAUUAGCAUAGAUAUCAUAUUGUAUAAUAUAAAUAUAAAAAACA